AUGACCUUAUUGCUACUACUUUCUUAUCAUAAUUGCUGCUGUUGUAAUAAAAAUCCACUCUCAUCUCAUGGUAGCGCCUAUGCUUCGGCUCCUUCUGAGGAAGCCCCAUCAAAUCAAGAUCCGUUUGCCGUUCCAGCUUCCAAUUUACCGGAAUUUGAUAGAGAUUCCACUAAGGUUAAUUCUCAACAAGCGACAACACCUGAGACAUCAGCUGUUCCAGAGAAUCAUCAUCAUGUCCCUCCUCAACCUGCUUCAGUACCACCUCCACAGGAUGGACAGUACCAACAGCACGGCAUGAUGACCUCGAACAAAGCUAUGGGUUCUAGCUGGGCACAUUACCAACGACCAUCUAUGAUGACGUAUUCAUCCUGUCAAACGUCACCUGCGUAUUAUCAACCUGACCCACACUCUGAAAUGCCUCAAGCUAAGACAAAGGUGAGAAAUAACGUCUUACCACCACACACUUUAACAUCAGAAGAAAACUUCUCUACAUGGGUCAAGUUUUACAUUAGAUUUUUGAAAAACUCUGAUCUCGGUGACAUCAUUCCAAAUGACCAGGGUGAAAUAAAAAGACAAAUGACUUAUGAAGAACAUGCGUAUAUUUACAAUACCUUCCAAGCACUUGCCCCAUUUCAUUUAUUACCAACAUGGGUAAAACAAAUUUUGGAAAUUAAUUAUACUGAUAUCCUUACAGUCCUUUGUAAAAGUGUGUUCAAAAUGCAGACUAACAAUCAAGAAUUAAAAGAUUGGAUAGCUCUUGCCAAUCUUGAGUACAACGGAAGUACAUCUGCUGAUACAUUUGAGAUUACAGUCAGCACGAUUAUUCAAAGGCUAAAAGAAAACAAUAUCAAUGUUAGCGACAGAUUGGGCUGCCAACUAAUACUUAAAGGUCUAUCCGGUGACUACAAAUACCUACGUAAUCAAUAUCGUACCAAAACGAACAUGAAACUUUCCCAAUUAUUCGCUGAAAUUCAAUUAAUAUAUGACGAGAAUAAAAUCAUGAAUCUAAAUAAACCGACCCAAUCCAAACAACACAGCGAAUACAGAAAUGUUUCUCGCACAUCUCCAAACACGACUAACACGAAGGUUACAACUCGCAAUUAUCAUUACAACAAAUAA